ACACUCCAAUUAUCCAUUCAUUACCUAUAGUCAAACUCACAUCACACCCUUGAUUAAAUUUCUCUGACACGAAUCACCCCAAAACAGAAAGUGAAAGAGAGAUCCAGGAAAUGUGUCCCCUGAGGUUUAUUCUCAUAUUCCUCUCUGCUACCCUCGCCGGUUUCUUUGUCCUCAGAAACCUCAGAUCUCAACCUCACCCCACUGAUCUAGACCAAAACGAUGAAGACAACACCGAAUCCUCAGAUUCUGCUAACUCUUCCUCAAUAACCGCAACUUCAAAAUCCAAGGUUCGGGUUGCAUUAGAAUCUGGGUUCUGGACCUUGGUUGACAUGGCUAGCGGUCGUUAUCUUUGGAGGCAGUUGGUCCCUUCUUCUUCAAAGCGCUCCACACAUGAACAUGAUGGUUGACUAGUAUGUUCUGCUUUGUGAUCUUUACAAGGCCCAGAGAGACUCAUUGAAUAUGUUGUCUCUGAUAGUAGUAAUUUGGAAAGUGAAUUCUAAUUAUUGUUCAUAAAGGUUGAUUAAAUGGUGAUCAUAGAACAUAUAUUUCAUAACUGCUAUAAUACUAUAUACUAUCUGCUUUUAAAA